AUAACAUAUCUGUCAUCUACAGGAUAAAGUCUUAUCUAUUAGACAAUUGGUACAGGUUUGGAACACACCAAAUAAAUAUUCAAAUGGCAUCUUCAAAGGAGGAUGUAAUGGAUAUAACGAUAUGUCCGAUUUGUUUAGAAAUAUUAACGAAACCGAAAUAUUUACCGUGUUUACAUACGUUCUGUGAGAAGUGUAUUGAGGCUUAUAUUACUUCCUCGUUUGAAAAAGGUGUCAACAAUCAAAGUGCUGAAUGUCCUAUAUGUAGGUCGGUGGUGCAGAUUCCUGAUUCAGAAAUUAAGGCAAAUGAAUGGGCAAACCGCUUGCCAGAUAAUUUUCUUUUAAUAAGUCUUAUUGAUAGUGGCAAGCUGAAACAUGCCGGAAAAGUUUGCACAUCUUGUGACAGAAUGGGCGAGAAAUCUGUAGCAAAUUAUGCUUGUAUCGACUAUUCGGACACUCUUUGUCAAACUUGUAAUCGUUAUCACAAACAUCAUAAAAUAUUUGAAAACCACGAAGUUAUUCCAAUAGAGAAAUUUGAAAGUGCCUUUCAAUUUCCUGUUAAAUUUCAAAGCAGUUGUUCAAAACAUAAAAAUGAGAAACUUAAAUUGUAUUGUUCAGAUCAUCAAAUACCUUGUUGUUCCGUGUGUGUUUCCGUCGAACAUCGAAAAUGCGAAAAUGUCUGCACAAUUGAGGAUGCAGCACAUAUAUACCGGGACUCAAAUACUGUUAAAAAUUUACAAAAAGUAAUGACAUUAAUGGCAGGCGAUGUAAACAAUAUCCUUUCAAAUACAAGUGAUGGGAUUAAAACACUGAAUUCUCAGAGUAAAGACGCUUUCAUGAAAGUAGCAAGACUUAAAGAAUCUUUGGAACAAAAAGUGAAAAAGAUCAUUGAUAGACUUAAAAUGGAGUUGACGAAAGAACUUGACAAUGAAAAAGAAAGGUUAGAGGAAAGAAACACGAUUUUUGAAAAUGUUAAGAAACAACUUGACAACGAAAUAAAGUUACUGGAAGCAUGCAUUGAAAAGGCAUCAGAUGCCCAGGUUAUGAUUGAGACUGGAAAAUUAAAGGGGAGAUUACUGGAACAUAAGAAACAUUUCGAAGAUCAAUCGUUUGAUCACUAUGUUAAUGUAGACGUCAACAUCGAUCCCUCUUUAGACGAAAGUUUUAAAAUAAUUGAUGGGGCCUGUCGUGUAACCAAUGUGGAAACAACAAACCGUAAAAUGAACUUGGCAUACAAGCGGUUUCCUGUUUGUUUGAAGUUGAUUAAAUCCAUAACAAAUUUAAAGGAACUUCAUUAUGAAGCUUGCUUUACGACAGACAACAUAAUAGCAUCAUGUUGCAAUGAGAACACUUUGGAAAUCUUUGAUCUAAAGGGUAACAAAGUGAGAACAACCAAACUGUCUUUCUUACCAUACGACAUUACAGAAUCAGGAACCAAUGAAAUAGCAGUUCUGAACAAUGGUAAAAGCCAGAUACAUUUCAUCCAUAUCGACUCUACCGACACUUAUCAAACUCGAAUCAUUCCUAUUAAGGCAGACCUACAAAGCAUUUACAUUUGUAAGGACAAAUUAAUUGCAGCCGACUUAAACACUAUUACCAUUUAUGAUACUUUUGGGAUUGCUCUUUGCGAAAUUAUAGAAGGAAUUGAUGUAGAUACAUAUAUUCAUUGCGAUAAUAAAGACAUACUGUACGUUUCAGACAAUUCAUCAAUCGUUAAAAAACAUGAAAACGGGGCAGAACAAUUUCGAUUUUCCCAUCGUGACCUGAAUGGUGCACGUGGAAUUACUAGCGACAACAUAUCUGGUAACAUUUAUGUAACAGGACACAAUUCAAACAAUAUUGUACACAUUUCAGAGGAUGGUUUAAACCACCAAGUAUUGCUUGGGGAAAAAGACAAAAUUUUAGAUCCAAGAUACAUUGACGUGAGCAAAGAUGGAAAAUAUCUCGUUCUGACUAAUCAGAAUGGAAAAGAACUUUUGUUGUUCGAAAUUUGCUUUGACAUUUGACAUGAUGAUGCAUCAACGCUUACAUUUUCACUGUUUUAAUCGUUGAUGCUGGUUUUAAACGGAAAUAUUGACUGGAUGAUGCGUUUGUGACGUUUUAACGUUUCUUGAACGUUCACUGUGUUUACCGUGUUAUGCCGAUUGACGUCCGAGAGCUGUAUCCAAUGUGUUAGAUAAUGGACCUUCAUUUCACUGUCUCACGACUUUGGUCCUGAUAAUGCUUCCUGUCAUCUUUAAUACUACGUCCACGACUCAUCUACCAGUACUCCUUCGUCGAGGGUAGCAGGCUGCCAAGCUGACCAAUAUGGCCCUGAAAGCAGCCGAUGUGAACAUGGUGAAGUAAAGAUCAAAAUAGUCAACAAAAGAAAAAAACUCACCAAAACCGAGAUGGCGGCCUACCUAUGGCAUCUUCACCUGUUCCUGACCCAAAGCAGAAAAUAUUUUUAUAUUUUGUUAAAAUGAAGUUUUCUAUGCUUUUUUUCAAAUAAAUGAUUUAAAGUAUGGGUU